CAGGCGCUCUCGGACCGCAUCGUCGGCGGCGCACUGCUCCUCAUUGCCGCCGGCGUCUUUUCCUACUACUCCGUCUGGGCGCUCGUCCUGCCCUUCUUCCCCGCCGACUCGGGCGUGCACAGCUACUUUCCGGCGCGCGUCUGGGCCGUGCGUGGUCCUGCACUGCUGCUCGUCGCCGGCCUCGGCGGCAUCGGCCUCUUCGUGGGGCGCGUCAUGCAGAAGGAGGCAGAGGCAAGGCGGCUCAAGGAGGCA